AUGGCGACAUUAUUUGAGAAUUGUAGUAAUGAAAUCUUCAUGCUUAUUUUUGAGUAUUUGGGUGUUUGUCGACUUCACAAUUCAUUUCGAAAUAUCAAUACGCGUUUAAAUAAGAUAUUAAACGAUAAACGACUUCAGUUAAUGUUCGAUUCUCGUAGAACACAAUUUAUCAAUCCAUUCGUUCGAGAUCAAAUUGUACCCAUGAUAUUAGACGAUAAUGGUAAACCGAUGUUUGUCAAUGAAAAAUUCAUUUCAGUGCAAUCUGUAACUCUGUAUCUUAAGGAUUACACAACUGAAUUUAUUUCAAAAUUAAAAAGUUUAACAACCAUAACACAGUUAAUAAUACAUACAGCUGGACAUCAUGCGAACGAUAUAAUUCAAAUGGUUCUAUGUCAUAAUAUGUUGCCACAAUUAAAAAUAUUAAUAGUAACAGAAUCUUGUUUGAUACGUAAUACCAGAUCUUCAACAGCAGCAAUAAAUAAUCUUGUUUAUUUAACAAUUACUUGUACGUGGCAUGAUUUAUCGGUUAUACUUGAACAUUCACCAGAAUUAAAAUAUAUAAACAUCUUUCUCCUCAGUGGAAAUAGAUUGACAAAGUUCAUCUUUCCAACAAUAAAAUAUCUCACUGUUAAUAUCAGUAGCACGUACUACAAUGAAUUAUUUCACAUGUUAAAAACCAUGCCUAAUUUAAAAAUUUUUGAAUUGAACAGGUCAUUCUUGUGA